AAAUUUAGGUAUGAAUUUAUUUUUCAAAAUUUUAUUUUUGUCAAGAUUGGUGUUUACUUGUUUGGCUGCUGUUGGUGGAGAUGAUGAUAGAUUGAAUUUGUCAGCAAUUUUACCUUUUGUUCCAAAUUGGUUUGAAGAGCAAGGGAAUAUAGGAUGGGGCAUGAAUUGGGAUUUACGUGAACCAAAAUCUGAUGCAGACAAGCCAAGGGCUGUAAGGAAUAUCUUUUUCAUUAGGCAUGGAAUAUAUUUUAGAAAGAAUAGAACUGUCGAUGAACAAAAGCUUACUCCUCUUGGACGUGAACAGGCCGAAUUUCUUGGAAAACGAUUGGCUGAGGUUAAGAACGAGUACAAAUUUGAAAAAUGCGUGUUCUCUACAAUGCUUAGGUUUUUUUUUUUGAAAUUUAAUUUUCGAUUCAUUCGCGGCAGACUUAAAUUUGCGGAGCGAUUUGAAAUUGCUUUUGUUUAUUCAAAUUGCAUGACAAAGCAUUGAACUUCCACAAGGGCGUAGCCAGGGUGUGUUUACUUUGCGUUACGAACGCAAUUUUUUUGUAAAUAUAUUUUAAUUUUUUCAUUUUCCCCAUUUCAGGGGGGCUAUAGCCCUAGAAGCCCCCCCCCCUCUGGCUACGUCCCUGAACUUCCAAACACCCAACAUAUUGUCCCAACAACCGGGGAUUUUUUUCCUAGUUAAUUUUUGUUUUCUCCUCUGUUCUUUUGUGGGGUUAGCUUUUCA